CUCAUUAAGAGGUCAUGCAAACUCCCAAGCUAAACAAGGCAUUCUUACAUAUUUAACAUUCAAAUGCAGGAGCCGAGCUAAGCCAUGGAAGAUUGUAAUCAGAAAAAAGCAACACUUCCUUAUCAGGACGAAAGCUACAGGAGGCCUGAAGAUCUCUUUGCAGAAGUAAAGACUGCAAUUGAUUGCCACAAAACUUCCCAUGAAUGGCCUUCUCUAAAGCAGUCAGGUUAUUCUGGAAUGUGAAAACUCCUCGCUGCUUGGAUCCAUGACAACCACAUAGAUGAUAUUCACUCAUUUGAACAAUCUGCACCAAUAUGGAUCAAGACAUUUAAACCAAAUCUUGAAAGCAGUCGAUGGAGUACAGUCUGAAAGAUUAAAGAAAAUCCAGAUGGGGUGCAGGUGCUGCAAAAUGAUACAAAGCUACAUUUUUGAUCCAGAAGAAUUACAAUCACCUGGAUGCACUCAUGAAGGAAACAGCUACAAACAAGAUGAGCAAAGAAGCAAUAAAUUCAAAUUCAAGCAGAACUGUGAAAUUAAAGAACAGAAGAAAGAAAUCCAGAAGGAUGAGCUAAAAGGAACAGGAAUUAAAAAUCGGGUAAAUAGCACAGGGGAGACCCUCUGGAAUCACAGAGGCGAUGCUUUUCAAGAUGACAGCCUUGUGAAGUGUGUUGCAAAGCUCGAUGUUGCAGUCAAUGGCAGCAACUCCCAUGCUGGUGUGCACCCCAUUCUCAGCCCCAGCACAAACUCAGCGAAGGAAGCCAGUGAACAGAGCACCUCCAGCCAGCCAGCAGAGCCUUCUUCAGUCAACACUGGAGACUUCCACUCCAAACCGAAUGAGUGUGGCCAAGAGCUUGACCUAGGAGCAGGCAGUCACAGGAAGGCUGACUGCAGUCAGACAAACAGUAUUCGAGGUGUGAAGCCCUGGUCUAUAGAAGAUAGCAACUUUCUCAAAGGAAGUGCAGUAUUGGAGACCCAAAAUAAUGACGCCAUAAAACUGCCAGAUAUAGAUUAUUGCCAAAAUGGCAAUCAAAUCAGGAACUAUGUUGAAAAAGAUAGCAUUUCAGUCAACUAUACACAUCCAGACCAAAUGAAUAAACAUUUAGCAAUGCAGGGCCAAGACCUUCAUGUAACCCCACCUUUGCAAACGAAGGAAAGCAGUAUCGAGCCGUUUAACACUGACUCUGCAGGCUUGAGUGAAGACAUUCCCAAUGGCAUUGCUGCCAUGGCUGUGCCCACAGCAGCACAGGCACCCACACAUCACAGCCACAGAGACAUCAAUGGACAAACUGAGGAGGAAGAUGCAGAAGUAGCAGCAGCUCUGGCUGCACUGGAAGCUGCAACUGCAGGUGAAGACCUGGAAGAGGAUGAUGAAUACUAGAUGAAGGUCUCUGAGUGUAUCUCUCUGAUACACUGGGUGAGAUCCAGAAUUUUUUUCUGGAUCUACAUGAAUGCAUGUGCUGUUCACGUGGACAGCUGUUACAAACCACAUAUAUGAAAAGAGUUUGACUAAAUCUCUGUCCCUUCAACUGUUUUAUACAGCCUUCUAAUUUCUACUGCCUGAGUCACACACGCUCUUCUACAUGGGACCAACCAGGAGAGCAAAACAUCAUUCCUUGCACACAGGAUAUUCUGCUGUACAUGCAACUCAUCUGGUCUCACACAAACAUUUCCCUCAGUUUUGACUCUCAGGAGGGUCUUCGCACACUGUAUGUUCCAGGUUCAGAAAAAUUCCAUUAUUUAAAACUGAACUAUAGAAGACAUGGAGUUAGAAAUCACAGAUUUUCAUGUCAGCACAAAUAAAUAAAACUGACCCAUAGCUCUAUAACACAGUGUGAAAGAAGGAAGGCAGCUUGGCUUACGCUUUAGCUUGUGCGCAGGUAGGUUUAGGAUGAUAACUCUACCAUUUCUGUUACACCUUACCUGAACUUGAUCUGAUACCCUAGUGACCUGCUUUCAUAGAAUCAUACAAUUGCUCAGGUUGGAAAAGAUCUUAAAGAUCAAGUCUAACCAUGACCUAACCAUACUACCCUAACUCUAACAACCCUCCAGUAAAUCAUGUCCCUGAGCACCAUAUCCAAACGGCUUUUAAACACAUCCAGGGAUGGUGACUCAACCACCUCCAUGGGGAGCCUAUUCUAGUGCUUAACAACCCUUUCUGUAAAUAAGUUUUUCCUGAUAUCCAACCUCAACCUCCUCUGGCACAGCUUGAGGCCAUUUCCCCUCAUUCUGUCACCUGUCACUAGCAAGAGGAGACCAACCCCACUCUCACUGUAAGCACCUUUCAGGUACUGGAAGAGAGCAAUAAGGUCUCCCCUCAGCCUCCUUUUCCCCAGACUAAACACCCCCAGUUCCUUCAGUCUCUCCUCGUAGGACAUAUUCUCCAAGCCCUUCCAAACCUUGUUGCCCUUCUUUGGACCUGCUCCAGUGCCUAAAUGUCCUUUCUGCAUUGAGGUGCCCAAAACUGAUCACAGUACUCAAGGUGGGGCCUCACCAGUGCCAAGAACAGGGAAGGGAUUACUUCCCUAGUCCCGCUCACCACAGCAUUCCUGAUACAAGCCAGGAUGCCAUUGGCCUUCUUGGCCACCUGGGCACACUGCUGGCUCACAUUCAGCCAACUGUCCAUCAGUACACUGAGGUCCCUUCCCAUCAGGCAGCAUUCCAUCUGCUCCUCCCCAGGCCUGCAGGGUUGUUUGCCUGGGGUUGUUGUGACCAAAACGCAGGACCCAACACUUGGCCCUAUUGAAACUCAUACAGUUAACCUCGGCCCAUCGAUCCAGCCUAUCCAGGUUCCUCUGUAGUGCCUUUCUACCCUCCGGCAGAUCAACACUCCCUCCCAACUUGGUGUCAUCUGCAAACUCACUGAAGGUGCAUCCAAUCCCCUCAUCAAGAUCAUCAAUAAACAUGUUGAAUAGGAGUGGCCUCAAUACUGAGCUGUGGGGGACACCACUCAUGACUGGCUGCCAAUUGGAUUUAUCUCCAUUGCCACAAUUCAGGGCUCGGCCAUCCAGCCAGUGUUUCACCCAGAAGGAGCGUACGUACAUCCAAACCAUGGGUAGCCAGCUUCUCCAUGAGAAUGCUGUGGGCAACAGUGUCAAAGGCCUUACUGAAGUCCAGGUAGACCACACUGACAGCCUUACCUUCAUCCACUAAGCAGGUCACUUUGUGUCAGAAUGAAGUCAGGUCCAUCAAACAGGAUCUACCAUUCAUAAACCCAUGCUGACUGGGCCUGAUCCCCUGACUGACCUUUAAUUGAUCUAUGAUGGCUCCUGAGAUUAUCCAUUCUAUAACCUUCCCUGGCACAAAGGUGAGACUGAUAGGUCAAAUCAAUCAAUUUAGGUCAUUAGAACAGAAGCCAAGCCAAAGUCAAGAGUGGGAAAGUUGGGUGGUUUAAUGAGCAUAAGAACCAUGCACACAGUAACUGAAGUGCUGAAGAGGGAUCAAAAUUAAUUCCUACCAGAUAGAUUAAAACCGUCUUGAAACAACAGCCUGAGAUCUCUGAACUCUGAUAAUUUUUCCAAGUCUACAUCAUUUGCCUUAACAAGACAGUUUGCAAAGAGGUUGUGUCUUCAAGUUCCCCAGCAAGAUGUGUUGCUUAUACAUGACCAUUGAGAGCCAGUAAGGUCACAUGUCUGACUUGACUGCAGUCCCUCAGCCUACAGGAGGAAAGACUGAGUUUACAAGCUGAAUUAAGCAUAAGACCUCAGAACAUCAUACCUGCAUUCCUGGCACAUUUACUAUUUAUAGUCUUCAGACUAUUGAGUUACUUUUGCUGGAUUCCUUGUGGAAAGCAAAGGAGUCAGAGACAAACUCGGCGCUGUCGUUUCAUCAAAAGGUGGAUGUUAACAGUUGCAAUAGGAAACACUUGAAAUUUUGUACAGAAAUGCUGUGGUUUCUGAGCCUGUUAAGUGCUCAAUAAAUUUUUUAAACUUAUGAAAAA